GUUUCUCGGUAUUUCUUUUGGAUGCAUCAUGAACAUCUCUACGGCAAUAUUGAUAUUUUUAGCCCAACUGCAGUUGAUUUUUUUGCAAGUGAUACAGGCAAAUUCGUGCUGUUCAUCGACUGUGCUGCACUUUCAUCUUAAACCUACAAACAAGAAGAGUUGCUCGGACUAUCCACAGGGUGCACGCGUUCAUUUCAGCAAAACCUUUUGCUUUACCAAACUCUGUGGCAGCUUCAAGAAGCCAACACCCUGUUGCGGAGUUCAUAGUUGCAACAUAUUCUGUUGCAACUGCAAUUGCUGGGAUAGAAAUUAUCGGGUCUUGGUCGAUUUUCGAACGCGGUAUUGGGAUGAAAUAUACAACGUUUAUCAGCGAGGACAUACGCGUUCACCCGAAGAUGCAAAUUUGAACUACGCAGAACUAUCGAAUAUAACAGAUAUCAAUUAAAGAACAUCUGUAUCAAAUAAUAACUGGAAGUAAUUCAAACUAAUUACAACAGUUUGAAUCAAA